CAUUUCCACGCCGAUCUUUCUCUCUGAAAAGCAAAGUUCUUUGGCGCCUAUCUUUUUGGUCGCCAAUUCUUCCCAAUUUCUUGGCCCAACAUCCUAAUUUCUCCUCAUUUUCUAACCCCAAAUUCCCUCUCCAUUUCCCCAAUUUCCUCUGAUGAGGCUUGGUAUCUCCAGCUGACCCAUUACAUCGAUCUGGAUUUCAACAAUCUUGUCUCAAGGCAGUUUGCAAAUGGCUAAAGGUAGCAAAGGAAGACGUGGAAUUGCUUUCCGGCAAUUCCGGCCAACUCCAUACUCGUAUACCUCUCACAAUCAAGAUGUCUCUGAGGAUUUGUACACUAAAAAAUGUUCCAAAUCUUUGGAUAUGAAAGAUUGGGGAGAUACAACAUGUUCUGUUUGUAUGGAGUGCCCUCACAAUGCUGUUCUUCUUCUCUGUUCAUCCCACUACAAUGGCUGCCGUCCUUACAUGUGUGGGACUAGCUUCCGUUACUCGAACUGCCUCGAUCAGUACAAGAAGUUCUACACUAAAGUAGUCUCGUCCAAUGAAGGAGAACCUUUGCUUAGUUCCAUUGGUGAUCCGGUUUUGGCACCUAGCUCCGGUUGGCCUGUCAAGAAGUGUGGAGUACUGGAAUUAGCAUGUCCACUUUGCAGGGGUCAGGUAAAAGGAUGGACUGUAGUGGAAUCUGCAAGGGAAUAUUUGAAUGCUAAAAAGAGAAGCUGCAUGCAAGAUGACUGCACCUUUAUUUGGACAUUUAAGGAACUAAGGAAACACAUGAGAUCAGAUCAUCCAUGUGCUCAGCCACGAGAAGUGGAUCCUACUCUCGAACAGAAAUGGAGGAGGCUUGUACGCGAACAGGAGCAGGAAGAUGUGAUAAGCAUAAUAAGGUCGACAAUGCCAGGGGCAAUGGUUUUUGGUGAUUAUGUAAUCGAAGGAAAUCACCAUGGUCUCAAUGCAGCUGUUGCCGAAAGGAAUGGAGGUUUUGAAGCAGGCUUAGAUAGGAAUGUCAUUUUCCUUCUGCUGAAUGCAUUCGGGUCAUCUGGGAAUGACCUUGGUAGACAAGCAAGGCAGCCUACACAUGCAGCAGAUGAAAAUGGAGUUGGUGUUCAGCACACCUCAACUGCUGUCUUAUCUGAUCAAGAUGAUGGCAACUUUAGUGCGACGACGAUGAUUGAUGCAAUAUUGCUUUGGUUAGCAGCCUCCGCCGGCAUGGUAGACUUCUUUUGGGACGUUUGAGGAGAAGACGGAGACAAAGUUCGGUAUAGGUUGGUACACCUUUUGUAUAAUCAUUUCGAUGUACUUAAUCCCUUCCUUCACUUGUAUUUCUUGAAUUUGUAACAUCUCGAGUUAACUUCUGUUGAUCAUCGACCUUGUACAUAGACUUUGUAUUGUCAAGAAGAAAAUUCAGGUCUUGCUGUAGGAUGGGGUUGCAAAGAAACAUUUUAAUGUUAUGUUGAUUGCUGAAUUAGUUU